GAAACAGAUUACUUUUAUUGUUGGAAAAUGGCUUCAAGGCUAGAGGAGGAUCUAUCUUGUCCUGUGUGCACUGAAAUCUACAAGGACCCUGUGCUCCUCACCUGCUCUCACAGCUUCUGUAAAGUCUGUCUGCAGCAGUUCUGGAACACCAAAGGAUCUAGAGCAUGUCCAGUCUGCAGGAGGAGGUCAUCAAAGUCGGAGCCUCCAGUCAGCUUGGCAUUAAGAAACUUGUGUGAGACGUAUUUACAGGAGAGAGGUCAGAGAGGAGCACUCUGCAGUCUCCACAAUGACACACUCAGGCUGUUCUGUCAUAACGACAAGCAGCUUGUAUGUCUGGUGUGUCGAGACUCAAAGCAACAUAAGAAUCACAACUUCAGUCCCAUUGUUGAAGCAGCAGUUGACCGUAAGGAGGAGAUUAACACCAAUCUGGAGACCUUAAAGGGGAAACUGAAGGAUUUUGCAGAAACUAACAUCACCUAUAAAGAAAUGGCAAAACAUAUCAAGACUCAGGCCGAGCACACAGAGAAGCAGAUCAAGGAGGAGUUUGAGAAGCUUCACCAGUUUCUACGAGAUGAAGAGGCAGCCAGGAUAGCUGCACUGAGGGAGGAAGAGGAGCAGAAGAGUCAGAUGAUGAAGGAGAAGAUUGAGAAGAUGAGCAGAGAGAUCUCAUCUCUUUCAGACACAAUCAGAGCCAUAGAAGAGAAAAUGGGAGCUGAUGAUGUCACAUUUCUGCAGAACUACAAGAGCACAGUGGAAAGAGCCCAGUGCACACUGCAGGAUCCAGAGAGGGUUUCAGGAGCUCUGAUCAAUGUGGCAAAGCACCUGGGCAACCUGAAGUUCAGAGUUUGGGAGAAGAUGAAGGACACUGUUCAGUACACUCCUGUGACUCUGGAUCCCAACACUGCACACCCACUUCUCAUCCUGUCUGAGGAUCUGACCAGUGUGAGACGUGGUGAUGAGCAGCAGCUUCCUGAUAACCCAGAGAGAUUUGAUAAGUAUGCCAGUGUCCUGGGCUCUGAGGGCUUUAACUCAGGGACUCACUGCUGGGAUGUGGAGGUUGGGGAGUACACACGGUGGAAUGUGGGUGUGAUGACAGAGUUUCUCCAGAGGAAGGGAGAAUAUUGCUCCAUGAGUGGACGGUGGUUUGUGUAUUAUAGAGAUGGUAAAUAUGGAGCAUGUGCUCCCCCACAGCCCUCCACUCUCCUCACAGUGCAGCAGAAACUCCAGAGGAUCAGAGUGCAGCUGGACUGGGACAGAGGAGAGCUGUCAUUCUCUGACCCUGAUAAUAACACACACAUACACACUCUCACACACACUUUCACUGAGAGAGUGUUUCCAUACUUCAAUAGUGCAUUUCUUCUGAGGAUCUUACCUGUAGCGGUCUUUGUAACAGUGAAGGCCUAGCAGUAGAGCAUCUCAGGUAGAGCUGACAGCUCCUCUGUC